GGAUCUGGCAUGGAUGGACGAUAGCCUUAGUUUCUCUCAACAUUCACAAACUUUCCGGCAAGGGCAAGAUUUUCACAAUCAAAAUAUUGAAGAAAUAAAAAAUGGCCUUGCUGACAGUGAGGAAAUUAUUGUUGUGGAAAGAGCGUUGCAGGAGACUGUAUCAUGUAGGUCAGAGUUGUCAGGUGCAAAGUUAUGGAAAUCUUCAAAAUAGCGAUGUCAUUGAUAAAAUUAGAAACUUUGGAAUUUUAGCUCACAUCGAUGCAGGUAAAACAACAACCACCGAGCGAAUGCUCUUUUACUCUGGUACAAUAAAACAAAUGGGAGAAGUUCAUCACGGAAAUACCGUAACUGAUUUCAUGGACCAGGAGCGUAACAGAGGAAUUACAAUUACCUCCGCUGCUGUAACCUUUGGCUGGAAUGGACACAGAUUCAAUUUGAUUGACACCCCAGGCCACAUCGAUUUCACAAUGGAAGUAGAACAAACUCUCCAGGUGUUGGAUGGAGCUGUUGUUGUUCUUGAUGGAUCUGCAGGUGUUGAAGCUCAAACAUGCACAGUAUGGAGCCAAGCCGACAAACACGAGCUGCCAAGAAUUGCAUUUGUGAACAAAAUGGACAGGGCAGAUGCCAGUUUUUCAAUGAGCAUUGAUUCGUUAGCGAGUAGACUAGGCGCUUACCCUGUAGCUUUGCAAAUACCUUUGAAAGAAAUUGGUGACAAAGGCAUUUCAAGUGUGAUAGACUUAGUGUCCAUGAAAUUGCUCGAGUGGGACAGAUUCAAGAGCAAACAAGUGAAAGUAAGUCCUUUGAAGGAAGACCUGCUGGAAAUGGCUGCGGAAGAGAAAAUUCGGCUUGUUGAACUGCUUGCUGAUGUGGAUGAAAUUCUCGCAGAAGAAGUUAUCCAACGGGAGAGCUUAUCAAAUGUUGGCCCUGCCGAGCUGAAGGCUGCUAUUAGGAGAGCAACACUCAGUAGGCUGUGCGUUCCUGUACUCUGUGGGAGCUCCUAUCACAACGUAGGAGUUCAACCAUUGAUGGACGCUGUUGGAUUUUACCUACCUUCACCCCUUGAUCGUCCAAAAGAUAGUCUAGUUGAAUUAUUUAAAGGCUCAUUUUGUGCUAGGGCUUUCAAAAUUCGACACGACGAACACAAAGGUGCUGUGACCUUUAUGCGUAUUUUUAGUGGAAAUUUACAAAAGGGUCAAAAAGUGUUCAAUGUUCGUCAGCAGAAGGCUGAGCAGACAGGACAAAUGAUGGUUGCUUAUGCUGAUGAAUUUCAAGAAGUCCAAGAAAUGAGUAGUGGGAAUAUUGUGUCUGUCACAGGCUUGAAGGACACGUUUGCUGGGGAUCUAGUCACUGGAAAUUUAUCGUCUGCAAAUAGUGCCAAAGAAAAGCUGAUGAAGUUGAAGGGAAUUGAUGCAAGCGAAGCAGAGCACAUUUUAGCAACAAGUGGAUCUUCUCUUGAUCCGGUUUUCUUUUGUUCCAUAGAGCCCCCCUCACAGUCCACCCAGAAAGCUUUGGAGAAGGCCCUAGCUGAACUGCAGCGAGAAGACAACAGCUUGAAGGUGUCUUUCAACCAGGAGACCGGCCAAAUGGUUUUGGGUGGAAUGGGAGAGUUGCAUAUUGAAAUUAUAAAGGAAAGAAUCGUGUCCGAGUACAAAAUUGACGUUGAUUUGGGACCCAUGCAAAUAGCAUACAAAGAAAUAAUUCAAGAUGCAGUAAAGGACUCACAUCAGUUCUCGCAAAAAAUUGGUUCGUCUCAAAAUAACGUCAACCUGACGAUUUCUUUGGAGCCGCAAGACCAGUAUAUAAAAUAUCAACUAGAGGUGGACAGAUUUGGAGAGAACGCUGCCAAGUUGAACUCCUUACCCCCGAAAAUCCAGAAUGCACUGAGGAAAGGAGCAGCAUCGGGCCUGAUGAGUGGACCACUACUCAACUGCUCUAUCGUUGGUGUGAAACCAGUUUUGCACGCUUUCAGCUCCUCAUUUGGCACGACUGAUACUGCCAUAAUUGCAGCUACCACGCAAUGCAUUCAGAAGCUUUUAAAAGUUGGAGGAACUCGGUUACUGGAGCCAGUGAUGCAGAUGGAACUGAUUGCUGACCCAGAUGUUGUUUCGGCAAUAAUUUCUGACCUAACAAGAAGGAGAGGAAAUAUUGUAACAAUUGCAGAGCGAGGAAAGCAAAAGGUGGUGGUUGCGCACACGCCAUUGGCAGAGCUCCUUGGCUACUCAACAGAACUGAGGACGAUGACUUCUGGAAGGGCAUCGUUCAGCAUGGAGUUCUUAGAGCUGAAGCAGAUGUCGCAAAUCGAAACCAAUACUGCCAUCAAAAGAGUCACUGGCUUUGAUCCGUCGUUUUGAUUAUUUCUGUCAGUAAAAGGUAACAAAGCUACUUAAA